CUGCGGGUCCCCUAUUUAGAGACGACCAUUCUCCCUAAUUUGCAUCAUGAGUUUAAAUCUAAUCCGACUGUUAUUCUAGUUGAUGGUUGAUGGCCAGACCAGCUGCGCCGUCAAGAUGAAACUUUUCCUAUGCACUCUUUCGUGGAUACCGCUCGUUAACGCAUGGACUUUUCUGUACACCAACGCGACCGGAAAUGCCACCAUCCUGCAUGAAACUGGAACGGAAAAUUGCACAGAAAUCGACCUCGCGGGAGGAAAACUCUUCUCUUGGGAUCCUGAGGACUCCGGUCUUUGCAUCUCGAUAUACUACGAUGCCACGUGCAAGGACAGAGGGGGCCUCACUUGUAACGCUUGGAGUAAGAAUGCGAGUACGACGUUCCAUGGCAUCCAAAUCUACUCCCAAUCAGAUGCUUCUUCCGCAUCUGUUUCCAGCUCGACCCCAACAUCCACGACCUCUGCCUCCUCUACUUCGAGUUCUACCUCAGCAUCAACGACAAGAUCCACAUCCACAUCAUCUGUCCCUACCUCCACAGCCACCUCUGCAACCCCUGCAACAGCGGGGAAUGGUUCCUCAUCGUCACUCUCAGGCGGUGCUAUCGCUGGCAUCGUGAUCGGAGUUGUGGCUGGAGUUGCCAUCGUCGGAGGGUUGUUCUUCUACUUUGGACGCCGAAACCGCAGGAACGACAACGUGACGGCUGGUAAUGAGCAGUCCGGCCCGACGCCUGGCUCAAUUUCUGGAGAACCACAUGGCCCGUAUUCUCCACGAGCAUCAAUGCUAGCAGCUGGAUAUGCCCAGCCACCAUACACAGACAACUCAGAUAAAGCUCCAAACUCAUCCAGCGGCAUGUCUUCAGUACGUCCCGCUCCGGGAUCUCGCGUGGUGGCACUAGCAGGUCAUGACCGGGCGGUUGAGUUGGGAAAUAGCCUAAUCAGUGAAUUAGAUGGUCAGCCGUCAGAGAAGUUAUCUUAUCGAUUUUCAUGAUUUUUCAUGUCGGGUACCUACCCAGGCGAUGUGAAAUUAU